AUGGAUACUGUUCGUUCAUGGGCUGCGGACCUGCUCCGUCGCUUCAUCGCGGCCGGGCUGGUCUCCCCCGGGGACCUCGUGCCGGGGAGCGUGGUGCACGGGUUCGUCCACUUUGAGGCCGGGGUGCAGCUCCCGUGUGACCAGUGCGGAGCGCUGAAGUCCCCGGGAGAGCUGAAGAGGUGCUCGCGAUGCAAGAGCGCACGGUACUGCAGCGCGCAGUGUCAGCGGGCUGACUGGAAGGAGCACAGGAAGACCUGUUUAGUAUGA